CUGUAACUUCCCAUCAACACAACAGCAUGCCGCCCAAGCACUUAUUAUCCCUCGCCACCGCUGCCGGUAGGCACGGCCGAACGGCGUUCGCAAGAACCGUCGUGACACCUGCGACCGCGCCACUAUGCCGACGGGCGUUUGCUACCACAAUACGGGCGCGGGAGCAGGCAGGAGAGAAGUAUGCAGAGAAGGCCGAGGACGUGAGCGCAAAGUAUGCGAGUAAGACGAAGGGGAUGACGCGGUUUUGGAAGACGGUUUCUAUGGAGAGGGUUGGUGACACCUUCCAAAUAACCCUCGACGGCCGCCGCAUGAAGACCCCCGACGGACACCCGAUCGCCGUCCCCGCCAAACGCCGUACGUUGGCGUUGUUGAUUGCGGGGGAGUGGGAGGGGCAGGAGAGGUUGCUGAAGUCGUAUUCUUUGCCUUUGACGUCGAUCGUAGUGAGAGCGCUGGACUCGUUCUCGGAUAAAGCGAUUAGGGAGGGCGUUAUUGAGAAUCUGCUCAAGUAUGCUGAUACCGAUGCUACAUGCUAUUUCCAAGACUACCCCGACUCCUUCGUCGCCCUCCAAUCCACCCACUGGAAACCCCUCCACACCUGGCUCGAACACACCUACAACCUACACCUAAACACCACAACCUCGAUCCUCUCGAUCAAACAAUCCCCGGAAACAAUACGCACCCUCCGGAACAUAAUCAGCGAGUUCGACGACAUUGAGCUCGCGGCGUUUGAGAAGGCUGUGUUGUUUUCCAAGAGUUUUGUGGUGGCGUUGGCGUUGGUCAAGGGACGCGUGGACGUGGAUGAGGCGGCAAGGGCUGCGAGGUUGGAGUUGUUGCAUCAGAUUGAUCGGUGGGGGGAGGUGGAGGAUGCGCAUGAUGUGGAUAGGGAGGAGUGUACGAGGCAGUUAGGGGCGGUUGCUUGUGUGGGGUUACCGUAGGUGGGGAGAGGAUAGGAUUCGGGAGGCAGGGGUUUGUUCACGGCUCCGUUUGGGCUACCUGUUGAGUGGUUGAUGUGACGGGCGUUCCAGGGAUCAUCCUGGAGCGGACAUCACCUGCAAACCGGGCCGGGGAUGGACUAGGGCUCUCUGGACGUCGUGAGGGAUUCUUCGACAUGCACCGACGCCGGCUGCCC